GUAAAGAAAGUAUUGGGGAAUAAGAAAUAAAUAGAAAUAACGAUCAAGAAAUGUGAUUGGUCAAAUAAAGCGGCACUCUCUGUUACGGUUUGUACUUUGUAUCCAUGUCAUCCCAUCCUCCUCCCUCCACUUUUUUCACCUUAUCUUUAAUUUAUUCCGGUUCUUUUAAAGCUUCACGAACUCCCAAGCUAACAAGUAGUAAUAACAACAACAUUCACGAGGAGAGAGAGAAAAGAAUUGUCAAAAAAGCAAGCUAGAUAGAUAGAUAUAGAGAGAAAGAGAGUCCCCUUCAUCGGCAUUGUCUCCUCCUGUUCUCAUGGAAGAUUCACCCAAUGAUCAUCGCCUUCAUUUUGGCAUCAUGGGUUUCGGGUGUGAGCAUUACAGGAGGAGAUGCCAAAUCAGAGCUCCUUGUUGCAACGAAGUCUUCUCUUGUCGCCAUUGUCACAACGAGACCACUAGCACUUUGCGGAAUAUUUACGACCGUCAUGAGCUUGUUCGUCAAGACGUUAAACAAGUGAUUUGUUCUGUUUGCGAUACAGAGCAGCCGGUAGCUCAAGUUUGCUCCAACUGUGGUGUCAACAUGGGUGAAUACUUUUGCAAUAUCUGCAAGUUCUAUGAUGAUAAUAUUGAAAAAGAACAGUUCCAUUGUGAUGACUGUGGAAUCUGUAGAGUUGGUGGGCGUGAGAACUUCUUCCAUUGCAAGAAAUGUGGAUCUUGUUAUGGGAUUGGUCUGCGGAACAACCACCGCUGCGUGGAGGAUUCAAUGCGACAUCACUGUCCCAUUUGUUACGAGUAUCUAUUUGACUCACUUAAAGAAACUACAGUGAUGAAAUGCGGACACACAAUGCACUGUGAAUGCUAUCAUGAGAUGCUCAAACGUGACAAAUUUUGUUGUCCGAUUUGCUCAAGGUCAGUGAUUGAUAUGUCAAAAACAUGGCAGAGGAUGGAUGAAGAGGUUGAAGCCAUUUCUAUGCCUUCAGAUUACCGAGACAAGAAGGUUUGGAUACUAUGCAAUGACUGUAACGACACAACACAAGUAUACUUCCACAUAAUCGGACAGAAGUGUGGACAUUGUAGAUCUUACAACACUAGAGCAGUCGCACCUCCUGUUCUUCCUCAAUGACUAAAACCUAUAGAUCUUUCAAGUAUUGCCACCAGAAAGCAACCAAGACCUCUUGUUGCUAGGGGCAAAGAUUGAUGAUUGGUUAUAUAACAGAAAAGGAUAUAAAACGAUUGAUUGGUCACAAAAGCAAAAACACACAUUUGUCUUCUUCAUGAUUCGAUUUGUUUGUUGUUCUUAUAUUGUUAUAUUGUCAUGUAUAAAUAUACUCUUAAUAUAUUCUUGUUCCAGGGAAAAAAAACUACCUGGAUAUAAAUGAUUUCAGAGAUUUGCUGAAAACUAAGGCUUAUUAGAUCA